UAUGAUGAUAACUCUACGUCACCCGUCAUAUUCAUCCCAUGGACCACAACGUGGGAAGCGGCCAAGGAUUACUGCCGAAACAAUCACAAGGAUAUUGUUACUCUUGAAGGCGAUGUACUAUUGGAAGAUCUUCCUAGGGAAGACCUAUUCUAUAUCUGGACAGGAAUUCACAGAACUGAACCUGAUGGUGGUUGGAAUACAAGCGCCGGCAAACCUACAAACUACGAAGACUGGGCUGAAGGGCAGCACAGUGCUGACGGGGACUGUGUUGGCAUCUCCAAUAAGGACAAGAAGAUGACUAUCUUGGACUGUGGUUCCAAAUGGCCCUUUUACUGCUUCAAAGACAACCUGGUUCUGGUAAAGGAGGACAAGACCUGGGAGGAGGCCCUUGAGCACUGCAGGGCCAUGGACUUGACAGACCCCAACAACCACCGCAAUGACCUGAUCAGCAUCAGUGGUCCAUUGGAUCAGCACACUGUGUGGUCCAAAAUCGACGAAGCCACCACAAACGAGGUUUGGACCGGUCUUCGCUACUUUGCUCACAAAUGGUUUUGGGUUGAUGGGACUGAUGUGCCAUACCUGAACUUGCCGUCCUGUCCUGUUCAAGGGCAAUAUUGUGGAACCCUGGUCAGGGACAACAGCACCAUACCCUGGAAUAUCAGAGACUGCAAUGAAAAAAGAAACUUCCUCUGCUACGAGAAGUACUGAUCAUUGAAUGUAAUCAAACAGUUAGUAACAGAUAAAAUAACUAGACAUUGUUGCAUAUGCAUUUUCUUUAGAGAAUGUGUGUAGUUUGUAUAACAAACAAACAAUUAGCAUAAGAAUUUGUUGCUAAUCCGUUACUCUUGUCAGAAUGACAAGGUUUUAAUAUCACAGCAGUCCCACUACGGCAAACGCUUUGCUACUC